AUGGGUACUUCUGAACCAAGGCAGUCUCCAUAUAUAACUGAGAGCGGAGAACUAAUAGGCACUAUACAAGGAAUAGUCGAUGGACUAGAGGAACCAGUGAUGGAUGAAGAGCUCGCUAAAGAGCUUGGAAAACCGGGUAUUUCUGAAGAAAAGAUAGCUACACUAAUAUCAGGGGAAGCAGAAAUGCUUAGGGAAGCACACGUCAUGGGGCUGACUCGAGUACUUUCCUCACAUAUGCAUCGUGCGGACGAUGACAGCGUCGAUUUCCAGAAAAUCAAGCCAAUGAUCAACUCCUUGAAAGACUCAGAAGUAUUGAAAGCAUUAAAUGAAGAACUAGAGAGACAGAGACAGGAAGAGAAGAAGAAAGAAGAGAAGAAGUGGACGACGUUUCUGCAGAAGCCGAAGCGACCGGUGCCGAAGGCGAAGUUUGGGUAUCCAGGGUGGACGGAGGAUACGCAAAUUGUCGCGGAACCAUAUAAAGUGAAAAUAGUGAAACAAGCUAAACCUAAAGUAGCUCCCGAUUAUAAACCAGAGGACUUUGAAACUGGUCCUCUGCCCUGGGAAGAACGCGCAGCGACUGAGUCCUCUCUCCCUCCUGUAGAGCCGGAGGAACCUAUCCUCAUUCCAGAGGUACCGGAGUUUCUGGAGGCUGUCGACCCUUUGAAGGAGAGUGAGGUUCCUGAUCUUGAAGAGACAGGUAUACCCCUUCCACCACCAAAAGAACCAACUCCCCCACCAGUCAUAGAAGAGAAGCAACCAGAACCGGAACCGAUAGCAGAAGCACAAGAAGAAGAACCAGAAGUUGUCCCAGAAGUUAAAGAAGAGAGAGAAGAGACGAGAGAAGAGAUGGAGAAUAGAAUGGCGCAACAAUUAGUGAAAAGCGUACAAGGGAUGGUUGAUCCAAACGCCAGCCUAGAUCAACAACUAGCCCAAAUGCGAGCUCAACUUGCAGCGCUUGCCCAGCUUCCGGAGGUGAUCCAGCAAUCCCUGGAAAUGGUCUCCAAACAGCUCACCAAGAUUUCCCAUCAGGAAGUCCAUAUGGAGGUUUCGCAUUCUGAAGAACAAAGCUAUCAACAGGUUGAAGCUACUCAAAACCACGAAAUGCAAACCAUUCAAGAAGUGAAUGAGAACAACGUAGAAGCAGUGCAGAAUGAAGCGCAGAAGAACGAAGAAGCGAAGAAUGAAGAAGCUGAACAGAAGGUGACGAUAGAAGAAGUAGCCAAUCAGGAGAAUGAACAGAGAAUUCAACAAGAACAGCAGAAUAUUGCAAGAAUGACUCCUGUUAUGACAGAAGAAGAAAUAAGAAAUGAAAAGCAGAGGAAGGAACAAGCAAGAAUAGAACAUGAAUCUCGUCUGGUCAAGCAACAUCCUACGCCACGGGCAUCAAAGCCGAAACGCGUCUUCGGACCUCUGGACCCAGAUCAGACUCUUGCCGUCGUCCUACCUGGUGGUAGACGCUGGAGAAAAACCCAAGAUGUGUAUGAUGAGCAGAUGAUUAAAGAAAUGUUUGAAACUCAAUCUGAAGUCAUCAAGGGAAAUGCGAUUGGGUUUGAGAACAAAUUUGAAAGCGAACUGCUUCCAUUUGACAACAGGAUAAACUUCAUGAAAUACGAAAAGCCGCCUGUAUCUCUGGACCAUCUGAAGCAUUCGGAGGUUUACAAACUGGUCCACGAUAUGGACCAGACGCCGUUGAAGAGAGUUGAAAUGAGGACGCCUGUCAUCUGCGAAGCUGAUUAUAGAGAGCGUUGCCGUUCAAUGACACCGUCAGCUGAAAAGAAACACCUGCAAAUACCCCAGCAAUUUCAUCCUUAA